AUGAACGUAGUCCAAGAAAUCAACAAGAUCAAUGAACGCGAGCUUGACCUCGGUCUCAGCGGUGCAUCAUGGCAUGACGAGUACAAAGACUCGGCCUAUAUUUUCAUUGGAGGCCUCAACUACGAACUUACGGAAGGAGAUGUCAUAGCCAUCUUCUCUCAGUAUGGAGAAGUAAUGGAUGUGAACCUACCUCGGAGCAAAGAGACAGGCAAGACUAAAGGUUUUGGGUUCCUCAUGUAUGAGGAUCAACGGUCCACGAUUCUUGCUGUUGACAACCUCAACGGUGCUCAAGUCCUUGAGCGCACACUCCGAGUCGACCAUGUCAAGAACUACAAGCAACCGAAGAAUAAAGGGGAGGAUGGUGAAUGGGUAGAGUCUGAAGAACAAAGUCUUAAUGCCAGACCAGAGAUUAUAGUAGAUGAUGGAGCGUCAGACACGUCUGAGGAGUCUGCUCCAGAUAUUGACCCAGACGAUCCUAUGCGCGACUACCUCCUCGAGAAGUGGAGGGAAGAACACGCUUCCAAGAAGAAGGCCAAGAAGACCAAGUCAAAAGGCAAACACAAGGACGAAACUCCCGAGGAACGACGAGCAAGGAAGGAGCGCAAACGUGCGAAAAAGGCGAAAAAGGCGGGGGGCAAGUCUGAGGGUCUAAAAGGCGUGGAGGCUUUGCUCAAAUCCCUUGGUGCCGGACGGGAUGGCGAUGGUUCUCCUCGCUCGCGGAGUCCUUCGCCUCGACGACUUUCGCGACGCUCAGAUAGCCGUUCACCUGCUCGUCGAGACUACGACGAUACGCGUUCCGGACGAAGACGUGAUUCCCGAUCGCCUUCUCCUCCUCGCAGACUUGAUCCACGCACUCGAAGUCGCUCUCCUCGACCACUCUCUCAACGCAGUGAUAGUCGCUCUCCUGUUCGUCGCGAUCACGAUGCGAACUCUCGCCCUCGCCGUCGCUCUCGAUCACGGUCUCCGCGAAGGGAUUCUGAAGGCCGACAACGACUCCCGUACGGAGCUGGCUCUGAGCGAGACCGUGCGCGCGAAUCACGGGGCCGUUAGGAUUGAAGGAGACUGGUGUGUUGUUGUUUUGCCUUAGCUGCUGGAUUUACUUGUUUUCCACGUAUACUAUAUUUUCAGCAAUGCAUAACACAAUGUUGAAUGAC